CAUCCAAUCUUUUCUAAGGUACCAUUCAAAUUCGCCGUUAGCAGAAGUAGGUUAAGUUACACGCAAUCUCAAUUUAAUUUGGUAUCACUUUCGCGCUUUCAUCGUGACACUGAUUUGUUUGGAUUUUGUGUUUUAAACAUGAAGUUCGUACUUGGUACUGUGUUGUUUGUUUUCGUUUUCCAUAAAGCUGCUACUUUACAAUGCUGGAAAUGUUCGAGCGAUAUAGAUCACACGUGUUCGGAUCCGUUCAACGACGUUACUACGUAUAGAUCUAGUUCGUCGUAUAAUUCACAAUCAUACAAUCAACGACAAAUCGAUAAUAAUUACAAUAGACAAUACGAUCCUAAUUAUAAUAGACAAUACGAUCCUAACUAUAACAGACAGUACGAUCAAAAUUACAAUCCGGUUUACAAUACCGGUUUGAGAAAUGAUUAUAAUAGCAGGCCCAUGUUGGAGGUUUGCGAUGAAAACGAUGCGAGAAAUAGAAGAAUGAAGAACGUAUGCUUGAAGGAAAUUGUUAGAGGAAGUAAUUACGUGAGUGUAGUCAGAAGGUGUGAACUGGUUCCAUAUGAGCAAAAAGUGGGAACAUGUUCACAGAGCGUCAACCGAGGUCUUACAUUAGAUUUUUGCGAAUAUUGCGAUUACGAUGGCUGUAACUCCGCCAACGGUAUCAAAACGAAUAUUCUCAUAGCUACAACGAUAGCUUUCCUCGUUUUAUUUUUACAUUUUUAACUGAUUAGUUACCUUAAAUAUUCUUAGCAUUAUAUCACGUGUUCGUACAAUGCUGGUUGCAUAACCAUUAGUAUACAAAUAACAGAAGGCUAAAACAAUUGGUUGUGGUUAAUCAACCGCAUAACGUACAUUUUUACGAUUUUAAUGUAAAUGAUUUGUUAGUGUAUUAUAUGUUAAUUAUAUAUAUAAUAGAUUG